AUGGAGCCACAUGUUGGAUUUUCAAGCUAUGACGUGUUUAUCAAUUUUAGAGGGGAAGACACCCGCAAUAAAUUUGUUGGCCACCUUCACGGAGCUCUAAAGUAUCGUGGAAUCCAUGCUUUCAUUGACAGCAAAGGUCUGUGGAAAGGAGAUGAUAUUGGGCUGGAUCUUCUCAGAGCUAUAGAAGGCUCCAAGCUCUCAAUUGCUAUCUUCAGUGAAAGAUACGCAGAAAGCAAAUGGUGCCUUUGGGACCUCGCUCACAUACUGGAAUACAGUCAAAUCAUUUUCCCCAUUUUCUUCAAGAUUAAGACAUCAGACGUUAAGAAUCAGACUGGAAGUUUUGAGAUUUCACCGCAGAGAUAUGGCAACGAGGUGCCCGAAACUUUGCGGAGAUGGAAGGACUCUUUACGAGCGAUAGGAGAUAAAAAUGGAUGGGUUUUUGAAGAUGGGGAUGAAUCAGAGUUAGUGAGGUCAGUUGUUCAAAAUGCAUGGAUCCGAUUGAAUAUGAUCCCCUUAAUUGGUGUUAAACACCCUAUUGGAUUGGAAGCCCGCAUAGAUUCUCUUUCAAUUGACAUAGCACGCACUACAGGAGGACUACCCUUACCCUUGGAGGUUUUGGGUUCUGGUCUAUCUAUCAAAAAAGAUAAAGAAGUAUGGAAAAGCAUGCAUCAUAUAUUGGAACAAAUUCCUCAUAAUAAUGUCUAUGGAAAGUUAAAGAUAAGCUACGAUAAUCUGCAAGAUGAUAUUGAGAAAGCUAUGUUUCUUGAUGCUGCCUGCUUUUUCAUAGGAUGGGAGGAAGAAACAGUAAUUUCAAUAUGGGAAGCUUGUGGCUUUGAACCGAAAUACCGUAUAGAAGUUCUCAAUAGAAAAUCCCUCUUAAAGACUGAUUUAAGAUAUGGCUUGUUUAGAAAAGCUUGGAACAAUGGGCUUGAAAAUAAGAUGUUUCAACAAUUGAAAAUUCUUAAACUCAGUUGUUGUUUCCCUCUGUCUGAGUCUCCCAACUUCUCAUGUGUUCCUCACUUAGAGAGGUUGUAUCUUGAUGAUUGCUCAUAUUUGAUUAGUUUAGAUGAAUCUAUUGGGGGGCUCCAACAGCUCGCUUACUUGAACUUGGGAUGGUGCUAUUCUCUUAAAACACUCCCAAACAGUGUAUGUAGGUUGAGUUCUCUCGAGAAGCUUAUUCUCACUCACUGCACUUCUCUCAAUGAGUUGCCUGGAUCUAUUGGUGAUCUAAAAGAAUCUUUAGUUGAGCUUUCCUUGGACAGGACAAAUAUUAAAGCAUUGUCUAACAGUGUUGGACUAUUAAAAAAGCUGGAGGUAUUGGAUCUUUCGCUCUGCCAUGGGCUAGUGGGUCUGCCAAGGUCUCUAGAGAAUAUGACAUCUUUGCGUUACAUUGACCUUAGUGGACGUGACAAGCUUCCAUACAUAUCAAUGCUGCCCUCGAGUUUAAUUGAACUUCGUUUUCGUUGCAAAUCAUUGGUAAGUUUCCCAGACAUGCGAAAUAUGAGAAAGUUGCAGUUAUUAUGCCUUAAAGAUUUUUGUGUAAAGGGCGAAGCUGUUCAGAGGAUUCAAGAGGACAAUUCACUCUGA